UGACGAACUCAUCUUCUGAUAAACGCUGACCCGACAUAGAUGACAAGCUGCAUCAAAUUAGUCAUGCUCAGCCUCCGAGUCUCCAGGUCUACUUCCAACAAAACCCACUGACCAUAUCCGUCUACAAAGUUGAAUUUUUACAAUACAUCACAGUACAUACUCCGUUAAAUUACAACUGAAUCUUUCUUUACCUCCAUAAACAAAUAUGGUAAGCCUUUUGUCGAUAUACAAAUCCUUCUUGCAUGGCGCAAUGAAGCUAGUCGGCAUGAGGACUCAACAAGUGGAGAUCCAGCCAGGGACAGUCUUGAACUUCUGGCUUCCAACCGAAACAACUAACAACAAACCGGCCGUGGUGUUUCUUCACGGAUUUGCCGCCGAUGGCAUUCUAACAUGGCAAUUUCAGGUGCUAGCCUUGGCCAAAACCUAUGCAGUCUACGUUCCUGAUUUUCUCUUCUUUGGUGGCUCAUUUACGGACCAACCCGAGCGGACAGUGAAGUUUCAAAGCGAGUGUAUGGCUAGGGGGCUGAGGCAACUCGGUGUGGAAAAAUGCACCUUGGUUGGGUUCAGCUAUGGCGGGAUUGUGGCGUUCAAAAUGGCCGAAAUGUACCCUGACUUGGUCGAGUCGAUGGUGGUGACUGGCUCAGUCAUGGCGUUGACUGAGUCUGUCAGCAAUGCUGUGCUUCAGAGAAUCGGCUUUUCUAGCUGGCCGGAUUACUUGGUUCCUAAAACUGCCGGCGGCGUGAAGACUAUUUUUGACGUCGCCGCUUACAAUCUGCCAAGACUGCCCCAGUUCAUUUACAAACAACUUCUAGAGAUGCUUUCUAACUACAGAAAGGAGAAAACUGAACAUCUGGAGGGUCUGGUUAUAAGUGAUGAGGAAUUUACUAUUCUUCAUUAUCCACAGAAGGUAUAUCUGUUGUGGGGUGAAAAUGAUUUGAUCUUCGAUAUGGAAACUGCCUGGAAGUUGAAAGAACAAGUUGGAGAGAAAGCAACGUUGAAAGCAAUAAAGAAGGCAGGUCAUCUUGUUAACCUGGAACGACCGUGCAUUUACAACAGGGAGCUCAAGAGAAUUCUUGCCUCUGCAAACAAUGCUAAUUGUGGUGUUGAUCCAUGAAUUUCUUUUGCACAUUUCCGUUUAAGGUUUUGAGUUUUCUUUUAUGAUAAUUGUGGUGUAUGGAUAAAUUUAAAUAAGUGACACUCUCUCUCCGAACGCGCAUUGUCCUCGGAGGAUAAGGGUGUUACAGGUCAACCGUAACUGGCUCAUAAUAUCCUAGUUUUGGCACAAGCUCAUCUCAUGCAUCAAUUCCUUAUUGCA